UGGUCCAACUUGUCCCUUCUCGUCACCCGUAGCAAGACCUAUGGGGAUAGCUGGCUAAAUAGUUAGCUCAUUAGCUCAACGAUAAUUUCAUUUUUUACGUCUGGUAAAUUCAAUGAGACAUCCCUCAUCCUAAUAGCGGAAUGGCUUUGGUAUCGGCAGACACCAAGAUCGCGGAGUUACUGACGGAGCUCCACCAACUCAUCAAGCAAACGCAGGAGGAGCGAUCCCGCAGUGAACACAACCUGCUCAACAUCCAGAAAACCCACGAGAGAAUGCAGACGGAGAACAAGACCUCGCCGUACUACCGAACUAAGCUGAGAGGGCUCUACACUACAGCCAAAGCAGACGCUGAGGCAGAGUGUGGAAUCCUCAGACGAGCUCUGGAAAAAAUAGCUGAAAUUAAAUCCCUGCUUGAGGAGAGACGCAUAGCUGCUAAGAUGGCGGGCGUGUACAGCGACUCUGACCCGCCCAGGAAGACCAUGAGGAGAGGCGUCCUGAUGACCCUGCUGCAGCAGUCAGCCAUGACACUACCCCUGUGGAUAGGCAAGCCUGGAGACAGCCCGCCCCCCCUGUGCGGGGCGACGCCUGCCAGCGGGGACUACGUGGCCAAGCAGGGCGAUAAGGUGGCGGCACGCGUCAAGGCCGUGGACGGGGACGAGCAGUGGAUCCUGGCCGAGGUCGUCAGCUACAACCACUCCACCAACAAGUAUGAAGUUGACGACAUUGACGAAGAAGGAAAAGAGAGACACACUCUGAGCCGGCGGCGGAUCAUCCCCCUCCCUCAGUGGAAGGCCAACCCAGAGACGGACCCCGAGGCCCUCUUCAGCAAGGACCAGCUAGUGCUCGCCCUCUACCCACAAACCACCUGCUUCUACAGGGCCCUCAUACACACACCUCCUCACCGGCCCCAGGAUGACUACUCUGUGCUGUUUGAGGACACGUCGUACGCUGACGGCUACUCGCCUCCUCUCAACGUGGCCCAGAGAUACGUGGUGGCCUGCAAGGAGAACAAGAAGAAGUGAAGGAGGAAGAGGAGGAGAGGAGAGGAGGUGAAAGAGAGG